GUGAUAGAACGCUGUCACUAUUUACCACCUAGUCAGUCAGCAAGCUAGCCUACUAUCCUGACGUGAUGUCAAAUUUAACUUUACUUUGAACGUUUAAAAAAUAAAUGGAUUGAGCUAAAAGUAGGAAUCGUUCGCUUGGAGAAAUAUGAGCCAUGCCUCAUCUGAAGAAACUUCGACAAGUGGAGCCCUUAGCAAAAUUAUGGGACAGAAAGGCACAGAAGUGUGGACUGCGACACACUAUUUUUUCGGUCAAUGGAGAUAAUUACACAGGGGAUUGGCUAGACAACAAGAAGCAUGGUAAAGGAACUCAAACUUGGAAGACACACGGGGCCAUUUAUGAUGGGGACUGGAAAUAUGGCAAACGCGAUGGAUACGGGAUUUACAGCAAGCUCUUGUCUGCACCAUAUGAGUAUUCAAGGGAAUACUCAGGUGAAUGGAGAAAUGACAAGAAGCAUGGUCUUGGGACCUACUUCUACACUGACUCUGCCUCCUAUGAGGGAGAAUGGCGUGAGGAUCAGAGGAGCGGCUGGGGCAGGAUGUACUAUGACAAUGGUGACAUAUAUGAGGGUGAAUGGCUAAAAGACAAACAACACGGACAGGGCAUGCUUCGUCUGUCCAAUGGAAACCGGUAUGAAGGCAACUGGAAGUAUGGGAAAAAGAAUGGAAAUGGGAAGUUUUUUUACCUGGACAAAGGGCAGCUCUACGAGGGCUUCUGGGUGGAUGGUGUGGCCAAGUGUGGAACAGUGACUGACUUUGGAAGGGAAGAAGCACCAAAGCCAACGGUACAUCCAAUCCCUAAGGUACUUCUGUUGGAUGUACAAUCAGUUUUAAUGGAAACACAAUCAGCACACCACAGUGAAUAAGACAGACUGAAGAACAACAUUAGGAGGGCCCUCUGAAUGUCUAUUGAUCUCUGCCCAAUAUCCUCACUUACCAAGCUGUAGAAUGGUAUCAUGAUGUAAUGAAUAAAGAUAACACAACAUCAGGAA